AUGAGCUGUGCAUAUGUUGUGCUUUUAACAUCAGUAGCUCGUAUGGUCGUUACGGGCCGCGAGGAUACAUUCUCACACUACGGUCUGUACGAAAAUCUUAAUGACAAUUGGUUUCCUGUGCCUCCGCCUCAACUUGGCAUACACAUGUCCCCGAGCAAAGUUACCACACAUGGCACUCACAUUGUCGCAUACUGCUCUGUAGUGAAAGACUUGAGACAGAUUGUGGACACAAUCAUUCAAGGACGGCAGGAACUGGCGCAAAAGUCCAAGGAUAGAGACGAAGCUUAUCUGACAGCUGAAAGUACCUGUGCCAGGUCUAUCGCUAAAGGAACAUCUCCAGACUCACCUACCAAUCCCAUGUCCCAGAUCCUCGGAAACGACUGUAAACCCGAGCACUUGAUCAGCUUGGCCUUUAAGGGCCGGAUUGGGGUUGAGGGACAAUAUGCAUGCUUUGCACCACGAAUGAGAGACCAAGUCGUAAGAAUCGCUGCUGAUACGCCCAUAAAAAUGGAGCAAUUCCUAUCCGGAGGUCAUCUGUUCACGGGGAGUAGUGCAAGAUCAAAUGAUCAAGCAUUAGCCUGGUUCCAAGGGAAUCUACAUUUGUUCCAAAAUACCAGAUUCAAUGCCGAUGGCUACCGCAAAUGGAUGCCGAUAAGUUGGAUAGAUGAUGGGAAGAUUAGUGGCAAAAAACUUUCAGAAUUUAUCCUUGAAAACUCACCAAAGAUUCUGGAGUUCACAAAAAUAAUGAAGGAUUUCAGAACACUCAAGUCGAAACUACAGGCAGCAAAAGCAAGUAGAGGUGAUGGUAGUACAAAUAAUUACCGUUCUAGGUUAAGCAGCCAAUUGAAUCCUAAGACAUACAUGACAAAUGAUUGCCUGAGUAGCUACAUAAGCGACGAAAGUAUUUGUGGGAAGUUGUAUGAUUUACCUUUCUAUCUACAAGAACAUGUUGGCACAUGGGACCUACGUUCCUCAGACUUACGGUUUGUGCCAGGGCGUGUAAAAAGAAAAAUAUUCUUCAACCCCGGAGUUUUCAACAGUACUGAUUUUCAAUCGCUAAAUUGGAGCAACUCUUGGGAAAACCAAAAGUCAAUUAACAUACCACCGCAGUCAAGCACUGAAUUAGCUUGCGAGAAAUUUGAGGAAUUUAGUCAAAAUGAGAUUAUAUGUUAUUAA